AUGACGAUGUUGGUGCACAGAUCGAGGUUCGUGGACUUCACGCCCUCGAAUAUUACUGCGUUGGCUUUCUCUCACAAGUCCAGUGCUGAGUUGACUCCGUCUGAUCUGAGGCUUGCUGUUGGCAGAGCAGAUGGUAACAUUGAAGUGUGGAACCCACGCCAUGACUGGUUCCAGGAGAUGAUCAUUGAAGGCGGUCAGGACCGCACGAUCGAAGGGUUGUGCUGGUGUAAUGUCGCUGGUGAACCACUGAGAUUGUUCUCAAUUGGUGGUUCUACUAUUAUCACGGAGUGGGACCUGAACACCGGUCUGCCAAUGAAGAAUUAUGACUGUAAUGCAGGUGUCAUAUGGUCAAUUGCCAUAAAUGCAGCUGGAGAUAAACUUGCGGUGGGUUGUGAUAACGGUACUGUAGUUAUCGUAAACAUCGCUGGUGGCCCAGGUAUAAUAGAGCACGACUCGAUACUAAUGAGACAAGAGGCUCGUGUUCUAUCCCUGGCUUGGAAUGGUAAUGAUUAUGUUAUCGGUGGUUGUUCUGAUGGUCGUAUAAGGAUUUGGGCUGCGCACGAGAAAGAUGAAAGUAGAGGAAGAAUAAUUAACACAAUGAGAGUAGACAAGUCGAAGAAAGAAUCCACUUUGGUAUGGUCAGUACUAUAUCUACCUUCUAAGAAUACAAUUGUCUCUGGUGACUCUACCGGCUCCAUUAAAUUUUGGAACUUCCAGUAUGCUACACUGUCCCAGUCAUUCAAAUCACAUAGCGCUGAUAUUUUGUGUCUAACCACAGAUGCUAAGGAAUCUACUAUUUUCAGUGCUGGCGUCGAUAGGAAGAUCUUCCAAUACAGUCUCGAUCACUCUAAAAAAUGGUUGAUAUCCUCGAACAGAUUACUACAUGGUAAUGACAUUAGGGCAAUGUGUGCUUACCAAUCUAAAGGUGCUGAUUUCCUAGUUUCGGGUGGUGUUGACAAAACACUAUUUAUCAACCCUAUUUCUUCAUUUGCAGAUGGCCGUUAUAGAAAGAUGCCAUUUGUUGUUCCCUACAACAAGAACGUGCUGAUCAAUAAUACUCAAAGAUUAAUAGUGAUGUGGGAUGGCUCUGUGGUUAAAAUAUGGACUAUGGGUACAGAAGUCGAGAACGAGAAAAAUUACAAGCUGGUUUGCAAAUUGGUAUUAAAGGAUGAGCAAAAGAUCCACACUUGUGCGAUGUCUCCAGAUGGUCAAGUUUUAUUGGUUGGUAGAGCUACCACUACAAAAAUUUUCCAUUUGCAACCAAUGGAAAAUAAACUGAAAGUCACCAAACUAUCAAAUGAUUUCCUCUUCACAAUUGGAACAAAGGCUGCAAAGUUUAUAAAUAACUCAAAAGUUGUGAUAUGCAACACCGAUGAUGAACUUCUUAUGUUAGACUUAGAAGAAGAAGAUGAUGAGAAGCCUGAGUAUUUUGAGUUGGAUGAACCACAAAAUACCAAGAGUAGUUUAAAGAUACCUUACAUGAACAAAAUUAAUAGGAUUGAUGCUAACGAAUCUGCAGUGGUAGUAUCACGUUAUUGUGGUAUUGUGACUGUGAUAAAUCUGAAAACUAAGAAAAGUCAGAAUUUGCUGCAUCUUAUGAACUUUGUUACAUCCAUUUAUAUUCAUGAGCAAAGAAAAACUGUAAUAGUGGUAACAGCAGAAAACAAGAUAUAUGAACUAUCCUUGGCAAGUAUCUUUAGAGAGGAUACUGAAGACAAAGAAGGUGACGAACAAGCUGAUGUUACCAAUGAAGAGAAUAGUGUUUUUACAGCAUGGUCUAAGAGAAACACAGAAAACAUACCUAAACAAUUAAAGGAUAUGAGACAAAAAUGCCUUGGUGUGUUUGCAUCUGAUGAAGACAGUAACAAGAUAUGGCUUUGGGGCUCAACUUGGAUCUGUAGAAUCGACAUGUCGAAGAACUUACCUGUAAUCACAAGGAAGAAAACUAAGAAACACGGUCGUGAUGGUCUAACAAUUACCGAUGACAGCAACUACAUGAAUAAUAACCUUGAAGAUGAAGAUGAAGAUGUUGAUAUGGAUAUUGAUGAGGACCUUGAGAUACUGAAGGGCGGUAAAGUGAAAUCAAUUUCUAACCAAAAGGAUCCUUUAACUUCAGAAGUAUUUUACUUCAAUGAUAAAUACAGACAUCUACUAAUGGCAGACUUGUUAUCCUCUUCUGAAUUGGUAGUUGUCGAAAGACCUCCAAUAUUCCUAAAAGAUCAAAAGGCAUUCCAACAACCAAAAUUGGUAUUCUGA